AUCUUUGCUCGUGGUAGCAUGGCUGGUAGUAGGACAGACGUUGCAACCCAGACGGACCUCCAAGCGCCGCAUCUGCGCCGCUGGCAGAAGAAGCGCCCUUUCACCUCAGCCCAUUUAAUUUUGGGCUGGGCGAUUACGCCUGAGAUAUACCGGAGGUUCUGCACCGGUGAUUUGCGGUGCCCUACGUACCUUCAUGGUAAACCGGGAGACCUGGACGAGGAAUACCAUGAAGAGGCAUUACAGGAGGUGGUCUGUGACCUUCUGGGCGAGAAGUAUGAGCUUCCGUGCGCCGGAUACAAGCUCGUCUACCUCGAUCCAACCUUGCGCAACCGGGAAAUUGAGUUUGCCUUGGUCUUGACAAGGUCGGGGCGAAGCACAGCGCAGCUUGCCCGACCGGCGGUUGUUGACGCGAUAAAGAAGGAGCUAGUGGCUUCUGCGAGCUACGUAGUCGUGAUACCUCGUCGAUUUUCUGGGCGUUACAUCCUUGGAUGGCUCGCCACCGACGAAUUAUGCCGUGGCGUAUGUAGUCGUGGCUGCACGACGCCCUUUCAUAAGGAGAAUGGGGAGCUAUGGGAGAACGAAAGCAUGGAGGCUCACAUUCGGUUCCUCCGGCAAGAUGUUGGUGCCUUCGUCGUUGACAAGUUCGAUUUGGACUGCGUGGGAAAAAGGGUGGUCUACGUCGAUCGGGCGCGCACGCGGGUCUCAUGGGCAAUUGUGGUGUCGGACAGCGGCGGCGAAAGCCCAGGAGAGCGACGCGUGCCGUCGCCGAAGCUCGUGGACAAAAUCAAGAGGUUCUUGAAUACGGAGGAGGAGCCUCCGCGACUUGAACACCUUCGCAUCUGGCAAAGACGGCGCAGAUUCGACGGGCGUUACAUACUGGGGUGGCUUGCCACCGACGAGCUCUGCCGUGGUGUCUGCCUUCGCGGGUGCCCCACGUCGUUCCACGACGCCAACGGGAAGCUGACGGAGAACGAGAGCAUGGAAGAUCACGUCGACUAUCUUGAGCAAGCCCUCGGCCUUCGCGUUGCUCGCGUGUUCCGCCUGGCUUGUGUAGGAUCCAGAGUGGUUUACACUAGUCGGGGGCGCUCGCGACUCUCAUGGGCAGUCGUGAUCUCGGACAGCGAGGGUCUCAACUCGCAUGAGCGGCGCGUGCCAUCGCCGGAAAUUGUGGAUAGGAUUAAGGGAUGGCUGGGUACGGAGGAGGAGCCUCGCUGGUUCAAAGCGCUCGACUGACGGCGCG